UCUCGUAUCGGCCCUUUGACGGAGAAGGAGAGCUUUGCCGAUGAUCUGUGGUCGGGCAGUCCCAUCUAUCCACCAUUCUACAGGUCACACAAAGACAUAUAA